CGCCCGUCUGCUCCUCGCGCUCGUCGGCAGCCUAUUGUCUGGCCGGGGUCUCGGCUCCCGCGGGACGCGCUGAUUGGCUGGGACCGGCCCCCCUCGCUCCCCCCCGCCCCUCCCCAGCGGCAGGAGCCCCCCGCCCAGCCGCCGCCGCCGCCGCCGCCGCUCCUUUUUCUGCUGCUCCCGCCACCGGGGCGCAUCUGCGCUCCUCGCCCUGCUGGAUGCGGAGGGCGCCGCCGCCGCCGCCGCUGCUGCAUGGGGGAAGCGCCGCCGCGCCCCCCGCCUGGCCGCCUCGCCCCGCGCCCCCCGCGCCCCUCGGCAAGAUGAUGAAGUUUCGCUUCCGCCGCCAGGGCCACGACCCCCAGCGGGAGAAGCUCAAGCAGGACAUCUACGCCUUCAACAAGAUGGUGGAGCAUGGCUUCCCCAACCAGCCCAGUUCCUUGGCCUUCGACCCCAAGCUGCGCAUUAUGGCCAUCGGAACCAAAUCGGGAGCAGUCAAAAUCUACGGGGCUCCCGGCGUGGAGUUCACGGGGCUGCACAAAGAGACAGCGACCGUCACGCAGAUGCACUUCCUACCUGGACAGGGUCUCCUGCUUUCCCUUCUGGAUGACAACACGCUGCACCUGUGGGACGUUUACCAGAAAGACGGCUACUCCCACCUGGAAGAGAGCCGGAACUUUGUCCUUCCCGGACGACCAGGGUUCGACAACGCUAAUUCUCCUCCCAGCAUCACCCGGGUGACGGUGAUCCUCCUGGGCUCCGCUUGCAGUAUCGCGUACCUUGGCACUGAAGGAGGUGGCGUCUACUUCCUGGGGCUUCCUGGUCUAACGCUGCUGGAGGACAACACCCUGUACCAAGAUGAGGUCCUGCAGAGUGUGCCUGAAGACUACCGAUGCGGGAAGGCCCUGGGACCAGUGGAGUCUCUUCAGGAGCAUCCUCAAGACUCAUCCAAAAUCCUCAUUGGAUACAGCAGAGGCCUGAUGGUCCUGUGGGACAGAAGCUCAAGAGAAGUCCAUCAUCUUUUCUUGGGCAACCAGCAACUGGAAAGCGUCAGCUGGGAGCGGAGCGGCCGGACGCUGGUCAGUUCUCACAGCGACGGGGGCUACGCCUUGUGGUCGAUGGCGAACGGUUCGGCCAAGACUCUGCAACCCACCACUUCCACCGUCCCUUAUGGUCCUUUCCCGUGCAAAGCCAUCACCAAAGUCCUGUGGCAGAACUGCGACUCGGGGGGCCACUUUGUCGUCUUCAGCGGGGGGAUGCCCCGGGCCAGUUAUGGGGACAGGCACUGUGUGACCAUCCUUCAGGGCCAGACCCUGGUCACUCUGGACUUCACUUCGCGGGUGAUUGACUUCUUCACGGUGGGCAGCGCAGAGAGAGAGGACGAAUUCGACAAUCCAGCGGCCUUGGUGGUCCUGGUGGAGGAAGAGCUGGUGGUGAUCGAUCUGCAGACGCCUGGCUGGCCCACCAUCCCCGCACCCUACCUGGCCCCCCUCCACUCCUCGGCCAUCACCUGUUCCUACCACAUCUCCAACGUGCCCCUCAAGCUGUGGGAGAGAAUCAUCAGUGCCGGGGAGCAGCAAAGCCCUCGCCUUUCCUCCGUGCCUUGGCCCAUCGAUGGGGGGCGCCCCCUGGCUCAGGAACCCACCCAGAGGGGGCUGCUCUUGACCGGGCAUGAAGAUGGCACCGUGCGUUUCUGGGACGCCUCCGGAGUGUCCCUCAAGCCGCUCUUCAAGUUGGGUACGGCCAACAUCUUCCAGAUGGACUGUGAACACAACGACAGCUUGAAUCAAUCCUACGAGGAGGAAUGGCCGCCCUUCCGGAAGGUUGGCUGCUUCGACCCUUACAGCGACGACCCCCGCCUGGGGGUCCAGAAGAUCGCCUUGUGCAAAUACACGGCGAAGAUGGUGGUUGCUGGGACGGCAGGGCAGGUGCUGGUGAUGGAGUUUAACGAUGAGAAGUCCGAACACAUGGUCAACAUCGCUGUGGUGGACCUACUCCAAGACCGUGAAGGCUUCACGUGGAAGGGGCACGACCGGCUGCCCCCCAAGAAUGGUGCCCUCUCCUUUGCCCCCGGCUUCCAGCCCAGCGUCCUUCUGCAGUGCCUGCCCCCCGCAGCGCUCACGGCCGUCACCCUGCACUCGGAAUGGAACUUGGUGGCCUUUGGGACCAGCCAUGGCUUUGGCCUCUAUGACUAUUACCGCCGGAACCCCGUGCUGACCAGGUGCACCCUGCACCCCAACGAUUCUCUUGCAAUGGAGGGCCCCCUCUCGCGGGUGAAGUCCCUGAAAAAGUCCCUGCGGCAGUCCUUCCGUAGGAUCCGUAAGAGCCGCGUGUCGGGCAAAAAGAGAGUCACGGCCAGCAGCCCCUCAAGUAAGGUACAGGAAGCGAACGCCCACCUGGCUGAGCAGUCUGGUCCCCACGAGGUGGAGAUGGCCCCCGUCCAGCGGCGGAUCGAGCCUCGCUCAGCAGACGAUUCGCUGUCCGGGGUUGUGCGUUGCCUCUACUUUGCGGAUACCUUCCUCCGAGAUGCUGCACAUCAUGGACCCACCAUGUGGGCCGGCACCAACUCGGGCUCGGUCUUUGCCUACGCCCUGGAGAUCCCUUCCCAGGAGAAGUUUUCGGAGCGCUCAGUGGAGGCGGUUUUGGGCAAGGAGAUCCAGCUCAUGCACCGGGCCCCGGUGGUCUCGAUUGCUGUCCUGGACGGCCGAGGGAACCCUCUGCCGGAACCCUACGAGGUCUCUCGGGACCUGGCCAAAGCCCCCGACAUGCAGGGGAGCCACUCGGUGCUCAUUGCUUCCGAAGAACAGUUCAAGGUAUUCACCCUCCCCAAAGUCAGCGCCAAAACCAAGUUCAAGCUGACCGCCCACGAAGGUUGCCGGGUCCGGAAAGUGGGCUUGAUCAGCUUUGCCAGCGCCACCUGCGACGACUACUCGGAGAAUGGGCUGGCCUGCCUCACCAACCUGGGCGACCUCCACGUCUUCACGGUGCCCAGCCUGAGGCCGCAGGUCCACUACGACUGCAUCCGGAAGGAGGACAUCAGCGGCAUCGCCUCCUGCGUCUUCACCAAGUAUGGCCAAGGCUUCUACUUGAUCUCUCCAUCAGAAUUCGAACGCUUCUCCUUGAGCACUAGAAACAUGACCGAGCCGCUGUGUGUGCUGGAGACGAGCCGCACCCACGACAGCCUUUCUCCAGGAAAUAACUUUACGGCGACGCCAAAACUAAGCCAGGCCAACGGGACGCAUGUUUUACAAGGCUCCGAGGCUAAUCAUUCCCCUGCUAGCAACGACAGGUCUCCCGAAGACCACCCAGCAUUGUUUGCCUCAACGCCGGUUGACUCCCCCGAUAGCAGCAUCGACACCCCCUUAAAUACCACUGGAGAUAUUACAGUCGAAGAAGUGAAGGAUUACUUGACGCCCUCCGAGGAAUCCGAGAGGAAUCUGCGGAACCUCAGUGAGGAGGAGGCUCGAUCAUCUCCAGGGAUCCUCAUUAAAUGAGGGCCCCUGCCCCGUCCGAGGGGAUGCUUGGAGCUUUUGGACGGAGACGUCUUGCUGUCUUUGCAACGGACUCUUGGCCCUCCCCCUCCAGAGGACCCCAGGCCCUUCCCUGUCUAUUUUUUUUUACGAAAAGAGUUGUGGUCUUUUUCUAACACGCGGCCUGGAAGCAGACAGGCGGCCUCUCUUCCUGGGUACCUCUCCAAGUUUGCAUUUUUGAUAGAUUAUAUAUAUAUAUAUAUAUAUAUAUAUAUAUAAAUAUAUGUAAAAAAGAAAAAGAGAAAAACAAAAACAGAAAAAUGUGCCAACGUCCUAGAAGAACCACUUUGGGAGCUCCCACUCUUCCAUUGCACAGAGACCUCUGGGGGGGCUUCUAUAAGCCUUUUCUUUGGGAAAGGAAACCACUUGGGGGGAGGGGGAAGACCUGGCUGAGGACUCCCCUCCCCCCCCCCCCCCCCCAAGAAAGCAACCGGGAUCUUUUGGCCCCACGGCUCCUCUGAUAUGGGGGAAAGGAGCUUCCGAUGGACAGGAAAGAGAGGGAGGUUUUUUUUUGCUGCGAUGCAACGCUGGGCAGUUGGAUGAAGGUGGGAACGGCUGCCAAGACUCGGAUUCUCCUGACCUCCCUUGAAACCCCCUCUGCCCUCUUCAGAGCCCCCCCACUUUUUCUGGGCUGAACUGAACUGAGAAAAGUUGUACUGGAUCCAAUGAUGAAUUAAGUGGUUUUUUUUGCUCACUGGUGGGAACUUGGAGGCCAAGAAGAGAUCUGAAGAAAACCCUUGGUGAUACUGAUGGAAGCCAGCCUUCCUUCUCUCUCACCAUCGUUCCCUUCCUUCUUUCCUCCCUCCCUCCCUCCCCCUUAAUUUGGAGGGAACGGUUAAAUACUUUUUUCUUUCUUCAUUUCACAAGGUUUCUAAUUGGGAAUAUUUAUCCGAGCACAAAGCAGAUUGUGAAAUAGGAAGCCACAGAGCUGCUGCAAGAAAAUUAUAGCAGUCCAAGAAAUACUAUCAAACCUUUCUGAUAUUGUUCACUUUGCCUUCCUCCCCCGUUAUUUAAACAUUCAGGACGAGUGGUGAGAAAAUCAGAUUCCUCCUAUUCGCUUUCCAAGAGUUUAAUGUGCAAACGAGAGCCAUCUCGCCUCCUCCUUAGCCGCCACAGGGCCCGAUUUGACUUUAAAGUUUCGUAGAUUUGGGGUUCCUUAGCAAUGCCAAAGUAGCUUCCUCUUUCCUUUCUGAAAUUCCAAUUUCCCGGGAUUUUUAUUUUUUAUUUUUGCCUCGGGGAGGGGAAAAUUAAUUGGGCUUGGUAACAGAAUUGAUGUAUGUCUCUUCAUUCCAGAAGAGGAGAUGAUGGUAAAAUAAGAUCGGCUGAUGGUUUUGUGCUUUUUAUUUUUCUUUUGAUUUUCAACCGGAGAAAGGACUCCCCGAGACUAGAAAGCGAAGAGUUUUUGCUGGGCUCAAGAUGGGAUUUUGGUCUGAUUUGGAUGCACUGAAGAAUACAGGGUCUCCCUCGAAUGCAGGAAGCGAGCCUUGGGACCCCGAUGGGUGGGCUUGCCUUCUCUUUAUUUGGCCAACUCCUACGAAUAUCAGGGAACCUCUGAGCUGCCUGGUUCCCAGCAUCCAGUUUCUCUGACCUCCAGCUUCCCACAUUAGAAAUCCCGGCUUCGGCUGCCGGUGGUCAAUUUGGCUGAGCCAGCUCAAGUUUUGCCUGAUGAUCCCACUUUCUGCAGCGGCUGCAGUCCGAGGUCUUCGUGGGGUAUUUGGGUGGGUGGGUGGGUGGGGGGCUUCUUUCCUGCCUUACAAGCUGGGAUUUUUUGCAAGCCAGAUGGACUUUCCAAGGAGGAGCUGCAGGUGCCGCUGUGCAGAUGCUGUGGUGAGGGUGUUUUGUUGCCGAGAUCCCAUUUCAAGGAAGGGGGGCUUCAACCCGCCCCCCUCUCCCACUGCUGCUUGGCAUUAUGGACCCCGUUCUCUGGGGUGGAGGCGGGCUCUCUCCUGCUUCCGCUCCACGUUUCCCCGUUGAGGUGGGAAAACGUCUUGUGCCAAAAAAGCCCAUCGCAGGACCUCAAGCUCCGUUUUCUUCUGGGAAGGAUUCUUUUUUUCCUUAACAGAUGUUUUUGUGCCAAGGAAACCCCCCCCCUCCCUGGAGGGUUGAUAAGACCAUUGGGUGGGGGGGAAGCUAAGAAGUGGGGCUGAACCCUUUAAAAUAAACCCCUUUUUGAUGUACGUGAGAACAGGGCUCCCCAGGAAGCCUUUGCAAAAACCCACUUUGGUACAACGGUACGAUUCGAUCCUUGCUCUGUGUGUGUGUGUGUGUGUACGAGUGCCUGGAGGGUGUGUGUUGUGGGUGCCUGGAAGGUGUGCCAUUGUGAGUCUCUCUUGUGGUAGCCACUGAGGGAGGGGGUGGGCUAGUUUCCCUUGUAGAAUGGCCUCUUCGGAUCCCCAUCCCCUUUUUUUUUUCGGUCCAGAGAAAUGGGCUUAGCAUUGUUUAGUAAUUAAUGCAGGUUUUUUAAUAAAGGAAGAAUAAAGCAUUUACUAUCUAAA